AUGAUGGCACGCUCGUUACGCGACGAGGUACAUGCGACGCUGACUGUCUUUGAGCAAGAUGUGAAAGACCUCUUCUCCAGCAUGUUCCGGGAGGCAGCUCUCGAAGCGCGCAGUUCAAAACCUGAUACCCCUGCGAGUCUGGCCAAGAUCCAGUCUCUGGCCGAUCGUCAUGCCGAGCUGGUGCAGCUGACGCACGUCAUUGCGCAGCACCAAGAAAAUCAAUCACGUAUUAUGCCACUCGUUGCAGAGAUCAAGUCCCGUGAUGCCCAGCAGCGUGCUACGAUUGCUCGUCUGACCGUGCUACGGGACAAGCUGCGCGCACUGCGAGAGGCAGGCGCGACGGAGGCACAAGCCUUGGAGCGAGGGGAGGCGGCCCCAUUGAUCGCCCAGGAUGUGUUGGACUAUGCACAGAGGCUGGCCAAGUAUACUUCAGCUCCUCCUGGGUACCAGUUGUCCGAUUUACAAGCUGGUGCCGUACAGCCCAGCAAGGCGGCCCAAGCGGAUUACAACCCUGAUGCAACACGUGCAGCGGCCUACUACGACCCGAUGAUCCCAAGUAUGCCACAGGAGCUCCCUUUUCCUACAGAUCGCAUUAUGCGCCAAGGUAUUCUCUACGCAGAUGCUGCUAUGGAGAGCGGUGUCGGUGCGGCAGAGCAGGGCGGCGAAAUUGCCGCUUCGGGCGCACCAGCACCUGGCGAGAUGCCAGAGACGACUAUACCCACACACGGUGCUCUACCUGUCCUCGACUCCUUUGGCACGGACGACGAAGAUGCAUUUGAUUUGGACCUGAAUCCAUAA